GAAAGUCAAGACAUCUAUCAAGCUGUCUUGUAUUUUCGGUUCAUAGUAGUUGGUCGAUAGAUCAAAUUGUUGACGUAUUUUUAUGACAGUUCGCGACAGUGUCAAAGUUGCAAUUAAGAAAAGCACUACACCCGCAUGAUUACGAUGGGUGAACCGCUCACUUUAGCAAAUGACGUUAAAAGAUCUAUCGAGUUAUUAGACAAAUUGCAGAAAGGGGGUGAAGUACCUGCAACAAAAUUAGCUGCCUUACAAAAAGUUUUACAGAGCGACUUUCUCAGUGCUGUACUUGAAGUAUACGAGCAUGUAUACGAAACAUCCGAUAUCGAGUCGUUCCAGGCAUCUCAAGAUGUUCGUGCGUCGGCUACAGCAAAAGCGACGGUUGCUGCUUUUGCUGCAAGCGAAGGUCAUGCGCAUCCAAGAAUCGUAGAGUUACCAAAAACCGAAGAAGGUCUUGGAUUUAACGUAAUGGGAGGCAAAGAACAAAAUUCACCCAUUUACAUUUCAAGAAUUAUUCCUGGAGGUGUUGCCGAUCGUCAUGGUGGUCUAAAACGAGGCGACCAACUUCUUUCAGUGGAUGGAGUAUGCGUCGAGGGUGAAAAUCAUGAAAAAGCAGUGGAAUUACUAAAACAAGCGCAAGUUUCUGUAAAACUGGUUGUGCGUUAUACUCCUCGAGUUCUGGAAGAAAUGGAAUUACGGUUUGACAAGCAACGAGCAGCUCGUAGUAGACGCCAACAGAUGCAAUAAGAAAAAGUAUAUUACAUGUGAUUACAUCUUUCCUAACAAAUGAAUUACAUAUGUAUUAUCACCACCUUAAUUUCAUCUCUUUAUUAUCUAUAAACCAUAACAAUUUCAUGUGUUCUUUAAUAGUACAAUAUUUAAUUUAAUAGUUUAUACAAAUUUUAUCGUUAUUCUAAUAUUAUUAGACUGUCUCUUACGUCUUAAAAUAUGAAUACACAUGUUAUAGAAUGUUAAGAAAUAUUUAAAAUGAAAAAUAAACUGUUUCUUUUUAUUCGAA